UUCAAAAGUAACAAUGGCCAUCACAGGAAGACCCUCCGAUAAUGGAAAAUCAACAGAACAAAGGGUGGUAGGAGUGUCCGAAGUUAAAAGUAAUUUGGUUGCAGAUGGAGUCCGGCUUGUGAAGAACUUAAAUGCUUGUAGGGCCAAAUUUCAGGAUAUUGAUCAGAGAAAACAUGUAGCUGCUGCAGGAAAUCUUUCUGGUAUUGAUGAUUCUGAGGUUGUUGGAUAUCUCAAUAACACGAAGGAGAUUCAUUACAAGAAGAUCAUAUGGGAAAAAAUGAAUAAAGAGUUUGCUAAGGGUAAUGAUAAACUACAUGCGAAGAAAAGAAAACGGGAAAUUGGACAUAAAAAGGAUGUCCAUGCUAAGAAAUCUGCUAAAACAACGGAAAAAGUAGAGAACAAGAGAACAAGUUCAAAAAUAAAUUACAAUGCUUUGCAGAAGCUGACUGAUGAAUUGAAGCAAGUUCCUGUAGAGGCAGAGCUUGGAGGGCUGGAACCUAAGGCAUGUGCAAAUGGUGAUUCAGCUGAAAACCUGAAAAUUGGGUUCCACGAGCUUGAACAGGAGAAUGAAUAUGGUGAAGAUGAUGACUCGUUUAGAGACAAUGAUGAUGAUUCAUAUUAUGGAUAUGGAACUGGAUACUAUAACAAUAGUGAAGAUUUUGAUGCUGAUUAUUGAAUCGUAAAUUUAUAAAGAUCUCUUUUUGUUAUUUUUACUGAAAGCUGUAGGAUGCGAAGGAACAAUAGAGUAGAAGGGUUAAACAAUUGAAUGAUCCUUUUAGUUUCU